UAUUAAUACGAGCAAAAGGAACGCUUGCUUUCCAUAGUUGUUAUUCCUUCUUUCCUUUCCAAAACGGCAAAACUCUUCUUUUGUUCACUCUGCAAGUACCGUUCCAGCGCUGCCACUCUUUUUCUUCAAGAUUUUCAGGCCGAGCGAAAGCAAAUUUGUCUUUCUUGUCUCAAAGGAAGCCAAAGAAAGAUUACAAUGGCCCAAGUACCAACCAAGAACCGUCUGCUUCUUUCAUGUCCCCAUGUCUGCGUUUCAGCUUCUCCCAGCAGGAGGAGAUCUUCCUCUGCUCUUCGUUUCUCUUCUCAGAACCCCUUAUUCUCAACCCACCUGCAAUCUUCUUCUUCUUCCGAUACCCUCCUCUUCCAUGGACAAAGGAUCGUCCCUCGAUUUGGCGUGAGGCAUCCCAGGACAGGAUACCUUCAGCAAGCUUCUUCUGCGCAGAUGAGUCUUCCUAUUGGGAAAGCUCAGAAAUGGUGGAAGAAAGGGAUCCAACCCAAUAUGAAAGAGAUCACUAGUGCACAAGAUCUUGUGGAUUCCUUGUUAAGCGCUGGAGAUAAACUGGUUAUUGUGGAUUUUUUCUCCCCGGGUUGUGGGGGAUGUAGAGCUCUCCAUCCCAAGAUAUGUCAAUUUGCGGAGAUGAAUCCAGAUGUACAAUUCCUUCAGGUGAACAAUGAGGAGCAUAAAUUCAUGUGUUAUAGCCUGAACGUCCAUGUCAUACCUUUCUUUCGGUUUUACAGGGGAGCCCACGGUCGUCUAUGCAGCUUCAGUUGCACCAAUGCCACUAUCAAAAAAUUCAAAGAUGCACUCGCCAAACACAACACAGAUCGUUGCAGCCUUGGGCCUCCUAAAGGACUGGAUGAAAAGGAGCUCGUUGCUUUGGCUUCAAACAAAGACCUGUCAUUAAACUACAAACCAAAACCAAAAUUGCCGAUUCAUGCUCUAGAAGUGAGAGCAUCAGAAAAAAUGUUGGCCACUUCUCGGAGAUGAUGAUUUGGACAAAUAUUCAAUUUUGGGUACCUAUCUUUCGUUUGUUUCUCUUUUACAAACUGUUUGUACAAUUACUCGCAUACGUGUUUCAGUUCAGCGGCUGGUUUCCUCCUCAUCUACCCAACAUUGUACAUAUUCCUACUGGAGUGAACCUAUCCGCUCGCUGUGUUUUUUGUGGCGGGGAACCCACCCAGGAUCUGUCCGGUUGGUUGGAUCUUGUUGCUGUUGUUUUUAUUGGGCAUGUCUGAGUAGAGAGCAUUUUGAAGGGAAAAGGGGACGGGGGAUUGGUUCUUUCUCUAGAUUUUGUAUUUGUUUUAGAUGGGAAAAGAUAGAAAACAAUACUACCCUACUAAAAUGGUACAGCUUGUAAAUUUUAUCUGAUCUCUACAUCUUUCUUGGGA